UUGCCCAAAAGCAGCCCCGCGCGCCGCCUGACGUCAGAGGCGAGGAAGGCGCGGGGCGGCGCGGGCCCCCUCCGGCCCGGCGAAGGCGCGGCCGGGGCGCGCGGGCCGCCGACAUGCCCUCUGCGUCUCCCUCGGGGCCCCCGGCCGCCGCGGCCCCCAAUGCCACGGUGACAGCCGGGGCGUGGGCCAACGGCAGCGCGCCCGAGGUGCCCCUGUUCCACCUGUUCGCGCUGCUGGACGAGGAGCUGCACGCCGUCUUCCCGGGCCUGUGGCUGGCGCUGAUGGCGGUGCACGGCGCCAUCUUCCUGGCCGGGCUGGUGCUCAACGGGCUGGCGCUGUACGUGUUCUGCUGCCGCACCCGGGCGCAGACGCCGUCGGUCAUCUACACCAUCAACCUGGCCGUGACCGACCUGCUGGUGGGGCUGUCGCUGCCCACGCGCUACGCCGUCUUCUACGGCGCCCGCGGCUGCCUCCGCUGCAGCUUCCCGCACGUCCUGGGCUACUUCCUCAACAUGCACUGCUCCAUCCUCUUCCUCACCUGCAUCUGCGUGGACCGCUACCUGGCCAUCGUGCAGCCCGACGGCUCUCGCCGCUGGCGCCAGCCCGCCUGCGCCAGGGCCGUGUGCGCCUGCGUGUGGCUGGCGGCCGGCGCCGUGACGCUGUCGGUGCUGGGCGUGACGGCGGGCGGCCGGCCCUGCUGCCGCAUCUUCGCGCUCACCGUGCUGGAGUUCCUGCUGCCGCUGGGCGUCCUCUGCGUGUUCACCGGCCGCAUCGUGUGCGCGCUGUCGCGGCCCGGCCUGCUGCGCCAGGGCCGCCAGCGCCGCGUGCGGGCCAUGCAGCUGCUGCUCACCGUGCUCGUCAUCUUCUUCGUCUGCUUCACGCCCUUCCACGCCCGCCAGGUGACCGUGGCGCUGUGGCCCGCCGUGCCGCACCGCGUGAGCCUCGUGGUCUACCACGUGGCCGUGACCCUGAGCAGCCUCAACAGCUGCAUGGACCCCAUCGUCUACUGCUUCGUCACCAGCGGCUUCCAGGCCGCCGUCCGCGGCCUCUUCCGCGGGCGCGGCGCCCAGUGCGAGCCCAGCAGUGCGGCCGCGGUCAGCGUGCACAAGAGCUCCAAGGGCUCCGGCCACCGCCACGUCCUCAGCGCCAGCCCGCGCGCCCUCACUCGAGCGCUGGCUGGCGGGCCCGAGGCGUAGGCAGCAGGGCUCUGCACCGCCGUGGGCCCCAAUCGGUGUUAUCUCCAUCGACUGGUGAUGGCUGCGCAGUGCACUGCGUUGAGACCCGCCCUGUGCUGGGGCUGAUUAGCAAUGUCUGCCGCGGGCUGCAGGUGGGCUGUGGAGGUCUGAGUGCUGGGGACUUUGCCGUCCCUGGGAGAGCCUGGGUGCAUUGAAGGAAGAGUGGCCAGGCGCUGCUGCUCACGUGGGCCAUUUUGUCCCCAGAAUGAGUUCCUUGGAAAAAUGGAUAAAGUCUGUUAGGGACCGGGGACUCCCAAGAGGGUUAGGAAAUAGCCAGGGGAGCUGGCCUGGCCGCCCCAGACGCACAGCUCACACACGCAGGAGGAAGGACCACGUCUGGGGACGCCCACAUUGCACGCGUGCGUGAAGAGGGGCCCCUCCCUGCGAGACCCCUGCCCGUGGCCUCGUGGCCUGCACAGUGAGACGGCACGACACCCACUGGGUGCUUUGGAGCCUGUGCUGGCCCUGCGGGGAGAGGCUACUUUCCAUCCACUUCUUGUGGAUGGGACACGGGUGCCACAGCUGGGCCGUGGCGGUGUCAGCGUGAAAGCCCAGCCCCCUCCCCCCUCGCACAUGGCCUUUGCCUUCCUCCCGUGGACACUGCUGGAAGCCCACACUGCAGGGUGGCCUCCGGAGGUCCUGCCUGCUGCCCCAGGCUGCCUGCAGGGCUGUGGCCGCACCCAUGGAUGGGAAACCAAGUGCAAGGGCAGUGACUGGACCCCCAGGCUGUCGGCCCCCAUGCAGAGAGCAGAGGGGAACCCACCGGCUGACGUGGGCCUCUGGUCACCUCCGCCGAGCUGGACUCCUGGACUCCCCCGUGCCUUGGCUGCCGUGAGCUCUUUCCAGACUGGUGUUUGGGGGAGGGGGCCCGUGGUGGGCGGCCGCAGCCGCAGGGCCCUGCUCUCAGAGUCGGCCACAGAGCGGGUGACACGGAGCUGAGCUGCUGCAGAGAGAAGUCCUCGUGUCCAGGGUGACCUAUGUGGCUGGGCACAGGGCUGGCCGGGGCUCCUCGGGGUGAGGGCAGAGUCCUGUCCCCACGUGCCCCGGGUGGGAGGCAGGAUGGCUGUCUUGUGCCCACUUUGCUGAUGAGCAAACUGAGGCUGGGGGAGUGAAGUGUGAGUCCAGCUCCUCCUACUCCAGGACCUGGGGUGGGGGCGGGGAGCCCAGGAGGCAGGGGCGCGGCCAGCAGGCUGCUGCCAGAGCUGGGACUCCCGCCCGGGCUCUCCCGCAGGCCCAGGUGCCGGAAGCGGCGGGCACUGCAGUGGUCAGUGCCUGGACCGCCCGCACCCUCGCCCCUCACUGGAGCCGGCACAGCACUGGGACCCAUGCGAGACGGCCGCAGCCCACCGGAACCCAGAGGGACGGGGCCACUGGUUCCAAGAAACAGCACUGGCCCCAGGCAGCGGCCCGAGGCGGGCUUUCCCACCCAGAGGCACCCUGGACGGGCACACGUCCCCUGGGAGGAGCCACAGGUCGUGGGUCAAGUUCUGCGCUAGCCACGCCCUCCAGAGCCGCCUUGCUCCUCCAGGACCUCGACCCACUCUGAGUCGUUCACGCUCAGGGCCUGGGUCCUCCUGCUGCAUCCCAGGGGGACCCGCAGCGCCCCGGCCCCUGCCCCUGCCCCUGCACCAGCCUGCCCCUCCACCUGCACUGGGACGACCACCUCUCGGGGCCGUGGCUGCGGGGCAGGGGGCGGUGGGACGGGCUGCCCUGUCUGUGCCCCCUCUCUGCCAGCCCGGCUGCCGCUCCUCCCCUCUUCGUGUCCAUCAAAGAUCCACCCCGGUUAUCA